UCAUUGCAGUGAUAGAAACGAAGGAUUAUGAUUAGUUCGUUUUUUUAUGUCAUACAUUAUGAAUUAUGCAGAAAGGUGUACUCCGCUUUUACAAUGAACUUGCAACCAACAACUGUCAUAUGGUAAUUAAUAUAAUUGUUAUCUAAUUAUUUUUUUAGAUUAUAUCUAUUCGUAAAUACAUAUUGCGAUGGCUUAUAAGAAUUUUUGUAUAAAUAUCGUGAAAGAAAGUCGAAGACUGAACAGAUGUCUAAAAGCUGUUGUGGUUAAACGCGAUUAUUCAAAAACAGCAAACACCUACCCGGAAAAUGAAGAGAGAUUUACGCAUUUCGGUUUCCAAGCGAUUAAGGAAAGUGAAAAAGUGAAAGAAGUGCACACUAUAUUUGAAAAUGUUGCCAAUUCUUAUGACUUGAUGAAUGAUGCAAUGAGUAUUGGUAUUCAUCGCAUUUGGAAAGAUAUUUUUAUACAAGAAUUAGGACCUACUCAUGGUACCCAACUUUUGGAUUGUGCUGGUGGUACAGGAGACAUUACAUUUCGGUAUAUAAAUUUUCUAAGGAAUACAGCAAAUCCACAGAAUAUAUGUAGUCACGUAACUGUAUGUGAUAUAAAUGAACAUAUGCUAGAGGUUGGAAAAAAACGGGCAAGUAGGCUAUGUUUAUCACAGGACAGUAAUUGCAGUAUUACAUGGAAACAAGAAGAUGCAGAAAAACUGUCCUUUCAAGAUGAUUCUUUCACUGCUUAUACCAUAGCAUUUGGAAUAAGAAAUGUAACACAUAUUGAUAAGGUGUUGUCUGAGGCAUAUCGAGUAUUACAGCCAGGAGGAAGAUUUUUAUGCUUAGAAUUUAGUCAUGUAAACAAUAAAUCUUUACAAUGGUUGUAUGAUCAAUAUUCUUUUCAAAUAAUACCUGUAAUGGGACAACUGAUCGCAGGACAGUGGAAAGCUUAUCAAUAUCUUGUGGAAAGUAUAAGAAGAUUCCCAAAUCAAGAAAACUUCAAGGAAAUGAUUGAGUCUGCAGGAUUUAGAAAUGUGACAUAUAAAAAUCUUACAUUUGGUAUAGUCGCUAUUCAUUCUGGAUUUAAAUUAUAAGGUUAUUUGGAAUAAAGAAAUGAUAAUUUUGGAGCGGUAUGGAAAUUUAAGAUUAUAAUGUGAUAUUAUCACAAAUUAUGCCAAUUGCGUUAUAGCAGUUAUAGCAGUUAUAGCAAUAAAUAAAAUACAAAUAAAAUAUAUAAAGAAAUAU